AUCACCAGUAGAACCCAUUAGGUCCGAACUGAUAGGUCUGAACUGUGGGUUGUGAUUUUCACCACUGUAACAAAAUUUAAAAAAUAAAUUAAAACAUUUAAAUAAAAAAUCACACCACCUGGCUAUGCUUCAGGGGUUCUCUGAGACCCACUUUCCUUCCUUCCUUCCUUCCUUCCUUCUUCCUUUCUUUUUCUCUCACUCCUUGUUUGUUUCUUUCUUAUAAACUUUUUUUUUCUAGUUUUUUGAACUUGUGCUAAAAGAAUGUAUUACUUCAUGGUGCUGUUGCUGUAUUUGAUAUGUCUAAGUCAAGUUAGUAUUUGGUUCACUUUUAUUUGAAAAAAAAAAAAGAACAACCUUGAGACACCCCAUUUAAUUAGCCACUCUCUUUAUUAUUUACGACUGGAAAUAGACUACUGGAGCGCUCACAAGGUAAACACAGUGCGUGGACGCCUGCAGCUCAUCACCAGCUCUCCGGCAGUGGCGCAUGUGCGCUGUUCACACGUAUUAUGACAGUUGGCUCUGAACCUCUGGCGUGUUAGGACAGAGCUGGAGCAAGCUCAUGCCCUCUCAGUUGUUUCUGUUCUUUUCUAAUCCAAUAAACAGCAUGCAUGUUAUAGAAACAUGGUUAGGAUAGGGCACGUUAAUCGUAAUACGGGUUAAAAGGGACCCAAAGUUUAGUAUCCGUUGGGAAAUUUCCACUGAGAUUUCUAAAAUAGGUGGCUGAGAUAUGCAAAAUUCAUGCCGCAGGACGAGGAAAUGGUUUUUACACUUUCCACCACUGGCUGAAAGACCGACAGUCUUCUAAAAUGAAGAAUGAAGAAUGACCACAUUUUCAGAAAGCCGGUCAUGCCAAAACCCCAACUCUCUGAUACUCCUGAAGAAUGAGCCUUUUCCUCAAGAACCUCAUGUUGCAUCUUGCAUGGAAACAUGAGCCACACCUGCGAAUCCCAGGCAACCAACACGACAGUAGAUCUAGGUCCACUGGGGGGCCAUCAGCCUUGGGAAGUGGUUCUGAUCGUUCUUGUGACUGGCACGCUCUCGUUUAUCACCAUCUUGGGUAACCUGUUAGUGCUCAUCUCUUUCCGGCUCAACCAGCAACUAAGAACCAUCAGCAACUAUUAUCUCUUGAGUUUGGCAGUGGCUGAUUUAAUCUUGGGCACAGUAUCAAUGAACCUCUACACAGCCAAUAUCAUAAUGGGUCGCUGGAUGUUGGGACAUCUAGCAUGCGAUCUCUGGCUAGCAUUAGACUAUGUAGCUAGCAAUGCUUCUGUUAUGAACCUCCUAGUAAUCAGCUUCGACAGGUACUUUUCUGUAACCCGACCCUUAACGUAUCGAACCAAACGGACACCCAGAAGAGCUGCGGUGUUGAUCACGUUAGCGUGGGUGGUAUCAUUUGUACUAUGGGCCCCUGCGAUCUUGUUUUGGCCCCAUUCAGAAGGAGCAUUGGAGGACAAGGUGAACUGCUCUAUCCCCUUUCUAACAGUGCCUUCUUUAACCUUUGGAACGGCCAUAGCUGCUUUCUACCUCCCUGUCAGCAUCAUGAUCAUUCUAUACUGGCGAAUUUACUGGGAGAUUGAGAACAGAGCAAAAGGACUUGCCAAGUUUGUCGGGUCUGUUGGUAGCAGUCAGGGUAGCUCACUGAAGAUACCGAACAAGUGGUCCAACAGUACCCGAAGCAGUCUCAGUAGUUCCAUUGAGACACAUCCCAGAAAGGGUCCAGAGCUGGCCAGGAAAACAUCAGUUGGGUGCUUUCCUGCAAGACAAAAGCAACUUCCUUUGGUUCCAGGAAAUCUGUCCAUGCUGCCACCACCAAGUGAAAUCAAUUACAGGGAGGCGUGCAGCAGCAGCAGCUGGAACAUUGAAGAUGAGGAUGACGACGAUGCUGCAACAUCUUCGACAAGUGAGGAAGAACAAAAACAAGACCACCAAACAAUGACGCUGUCUGCAUCAAAUCCUGCAGUGAUCAAGCUGAAGGAUCUGCAAGUAACAUCAGAGUAUCAGCAGGAAAUUCCAGCCUUAUCUGCCCAAGUUGCAGAUCCAUUAUCCAGCCAACCCUCCAGACCUCUUUCACUGAAAAAGAACAGACUGCUGGACCUCAGCCUCCACAAGCAGCCCAAAACCAAAAGGCGAAUAAACAUGAUCAUUCGAGAAAAGAAAGCAGCACGGACGUUGAGCGCCAUCUUAUUGGCUUUCAUCCUGACAUGGACUCCAUACAACAUCAUGGUCUUGGCUUCUAUAUCGUACUGCGUCCCUGAAAAGUUGUGGCAUCUGGGAUACUGGUUGUGCUACGUCAACAGCACAGUUAACCCCAUGUGCUAUGCUCUCUGUAACGAGUCCUUCCGAGCCACUUUCAAAACACUGCUACUUUGUCGCCGUGGAGAUGCCAGAAAGUGGCAAACUAGUCACCAGAGCCGUCGUGCUUCCCUGAGGCCGAAUAAGUCAUGUAGCACAGUGUGAAUUACAGUUUUCAAAAGAACUGGAGUCUGUUUCUAAAGCUGCCCCCUCAGAGGGUUGCUCUGAUUGACUGGACAUCUGCAGCCCCUCGAGAUUUUGCAAAAGGCAUAAAAAGUUUUUAAGUCCACAAUAGAGCUUGGUCUGGAUAAUGCUAAUUUGUAUAAAAACAUUCCUCAGCCUCAACAUGAAGGGCCAAUGCACUGAACAACUUUCUCUUGUUUUUGACUUUUUGCCAGAUAUAAAUGACAGGGAACAUUUGGAUAUUUUUGGUCUGUUUACUGAAGCACUGCUAUGUUAUGUUUUUCGGAAUCUGUGCCCAACUUUUUUCCUCCAUCAUCUUACAACGUAUCUGCCUUGUGUCCUGCCUACCAAUCUAAUGUCUCAGCUGUGUGCCAUUUUAAAAAGAGAGAUGGGAAAAGAUGACUAAAAUAACAGCUGCUCCUCUGUUUCCUAUACACGGCCCCUUUGAACAAUGUAGCCAAAUUGUUCCACUGAGAAGAUUUUUUUCCAUUGGCGGUAUUACUCGGGCAAUGCUACAGCUCCUUCCUUGUUAUGAACUCAUAAGGAGAUAUAUGAUACAAAAAUUAUUUAAUAAUUUAACAGAACUGUAUGUUAUGAGCAUGUUAUACUUACGUUAUACAAUAUAAAAGGCAUCUAAAAACUCAGUAAAGAGUCAUGAUCAAAGAUCAGUGUUUGCUUUCCAUGUCAUAGUGAACAAGAAUUAACUGACUCAAUCAUAAAUGUAGGGCUGCAACAACUAAACAAACAAACCGAUAAAAUUUGAUUUUAAAAAAUGGU